AUGACCACCUACAAAACCGCCGAGGACUAUGUGAAAUGUCUGCAGGGAAAGAAGCUCUUCCUGAUUGGAGAUUCAACGCUGCGACAGUUCAUCAUGCACUUCACAGAGGGCAUCAAAAUUGUGAAAUAUUUUCGUUAUCACGAGACCGGAUGGGGCUCUUGGGAGAAGACACUUGAGGCUCUGAACAUGGAAAAAGAUAUCUACAUAUCCUAUAAAAGACACGGUUUUCCCUUGGAGAGCUUCGUCUUCUUCUACUUCAUGGAUGACAUGUACACGAGCCGCCAGAUUGACAGGCAACCUGGAGGAAAGGACACUAUCUUUGUCAUAACCAUGGGGCAGCACUUCCGACAGUUCCCCCUGAAACUCUUUAUUAGACGGGCGCUCAACAUCCGCCGAGCUGUCGAGCGCCUUUUCCUCCGGAGCCCGGAAACCAAAAUUAUCAUCAAAACGGAAAACACCAGAGAAACGAACGCACCGCCAGAAAGGAUUGGUGACUUCCAUGGUUAUACUCAAUAUAUUGUGCUUAGAGAGGUUUUCCAAGGGGUCAACGUGGGCUUCGUGGAUGCCUGGGACAUGACAGUGGCGUCCGCCUCAGAGACCGUUCAUCCUUCGGGGCAUACGUUUGAGGGUGUCGCUACGGGCCUCAUGUGCAUAUUAGGCCACUCGUAUGUCUUCUGGGGGGCCCGGCGGGCAGAGGUGCGGCCCAAUGGCCGACAGUUGGGUGUGCCACGGAGUGAGGCGGUCGUGCGAUGGAUCGGGGUGCCGGGUAUGGUGUGGAGCGUGGUGGUUCCGGAGGUCACCAGGUUCGCUGAACUGGACAGGCCGCCUGACGUAUUGGUUUUGCAUGCUGGGGGCAAUGAUUUGGGUCAGCGGUCUAUGCGAGAACUGAUUCGAGACGUGAAAUACGAUUAUUUGCGGCUAUUGGAAGCUUUCCCAGGCAUGAUCAUUGUGUGGUCGGACGUCGUGGCCCGCACGGCGUGGCAGAUGGCUUGGUCCGUGGAUAGAGUGAACAAGGCAAGGAUCAAAGUCAACAAGGAGGUGGGGCGUUUUGUGGCCCGAAAUGGGGGGGGUGGUGGUUAG